AUGCCAGUAAAUAAAUUUGAAAAAAUCAGACGAUUUAUUUACUUCAACGAUAACUCGAAAAUAGUUUCUCGCGAUAACGCAGCCCAUGACCGCCUCUACAAAAUCAGGCCAAUUGUGUGGAAACUAAAUGAAACUUGCCUCAAUGUCCCGUUCGAGAAGUAUCUCUACGUGGAUGAAGAUAUUUGUUCCACGAAAGCUAGACACAACCUCAAGAGAUAUAAUCCUAAGAAACCCCAUAAAUGGGGCUACAAAAUCUAUGUCCUGAGCAGCGUGAGCGGGUUUGCUUACAAGUACGAGCCAGAAACUGGAGCUGAAAAUGUAGUUGGGCCCAAUGAGCCAAACCUGGGUGCUGCAGCAAAAGUCGUCGUCAGGCUAGCUCGCGAAAUACCACGCAUUGAUUAA